UGGUGGCAGGAUAUGAAAUCGUCCAGGGCUCACUCAAAGAAUAGUUCUCCCAGUAGGUAUAAUGAGUUCAAGUCGCUCAGAACGCGGCUCAUGGUCGCAAGACGGUUUCUAUUUAUCGAUCCAAAGAAGAAAGCCGUGGCGUUCCUGGCAUUCGUUGCGUUGUUAUCGUUGGUCAGCUCGUUUGUCACUCUUGAUAACUCUCUUUAUAUCGUUCAGAAGCAUAGUGUUUUCAAUCAGUAUGGUGUUAAACUUGGAUGGAUGUGGACUUGCUUCACUGUAGGACCCUUUAUAUGGUUCUCUUCUCGAGCGCAUCACAGAACUGAUAGCUUUGGAGGAAGUGGUAUUCGGUGUGACAUUAUUCGCUACUCACGAACUAUGUGUAAAGAGAAAGGUGGUGUGUGGAUUCCUGGGUUCGACAUUUCUGGACACUGCUUCCUUUUGAUAUACAGCAUGUUGGUGAUGGCAGAAGAGAUCAAGCAGCUCGCAAUCUCUAUUCUGUAUUAUCAUAUAAUGAUUGAUAAAAUUGCUGGUGCUUUGGUAGCCAUAUUCUGGUGGUACACUACUUAUCAUAUUCUUUACCCUAAUGGUUUCUUACAACCCCCUAUACAUCGCACUAAACCAAUUGCAAACAGGCGGCGAUAG